AUGGCGCAGCCUGUCAAGAGGUUCCCGGGCCACCUGGCUCAGUUCGUUCGGUGCUACUCGGUUUCCGCUGAGACCAUUCCGGUCGCCAAGAAGAAGUACAUCCCGACGGAAGGCACAUAUCCCCAAGGUUUCCAGGCCUCUGGUAUCUUGGUAGGAGUUAAACCAGGAAACAAGACAAAGCCAGAUGUUGCCCUGCUCAGCUCAGACCGUCCCUGUGCCGCUGCCGCCGUCUUCACCAAGAACAAGUUCCAGGCCGCGCCCGUCACCUUCAGCAGGGACCUGUUGAAGAAGAAGGCCAACCGUGGCAUUCGCAGCGUCCUUAUCAACUCGGGAUGCGCCAACGCCGUUACCGGCAAGGGAGGUCUGGAAGAUGCCUCUCUAAUGGCCCACGCGGCUGACAAGGCCGUUGGCAAUGACGGCAAUGCGUCAUCUACCAUUGUCAUGAGCACCGGUGUCAUCGGACAGAGACUGCCCAUUUCGAAGAUUGUGGACAACGUUCCUGUUGCCCAGGCAGCUUUGGGAUCCUCCCAUAAGCACUGGCUGAACUUUGCUACCGCCAUCUGCACGACCGACACGUUUCCUAAACUCAUGUCCAAGACUUUCACUCUGCCCUCCUCACCGGGCGUUGAGUACCGCAUCGCUGGUACUACCAAGGGCGCCGGUAUGAUUCACCCCAACAUGGCCACCCUCCUUGGUGUUAUUGCUACGGAUGCUCCCAUCUCACCUGCCGUUAUGCCCUCCGUUCUCAAGCACGCCGUCGACCGCUCUUUCAACAGCAUCACCAUUGACGGAGACACUUCCACCAACGACACUCUGGCCCUACUUGCCAACGGCGCUGCUGGUGGCAAGGAGAUCACCUCUGAGGACUCGCCCGAUUACGCUGCCUUCAAGGAGGUUCUGACCGACUUCUCUAUCGACCUGGCUAAGCUCAUUGUCCGGGAUGGCGAGGGUGCGACCAAGUUUGUCACCAUUCGUGUCGUUGAGUCUGCCAGCGAGGAGGCUGCUCGUAAGAUUGCCAGCACUAUCGCCAGAUCACCUCUCGUCAAGACCGCUCUCUACGGCAGAGACGCCAACUGGGGCCGCAUUCUGUGCGCAACUGGCUACUCUCUGGUUUCGGAGCCCGGCCAGGCCGUGAACGACGUUCCCGAGGUUGUCCCUGAGAAGACUAACGUCUCUUUUAUCCCUACUGAUGGCACCGCUGAGUUGAAACUGUUGGUCAACGGCGAGCCCGAGAUGGUGGACGAGGCUAGAGCCUCUGAGAUUCUGGAGCUUGAGGAUUUGGAGAUUCUGGUGCGCUUGGGCACCGGCAACAAGGAGGCCACGUAUUGGACCUGUGACUACAGCCACGAGUACAUUACCAUCAACGGCGACUACCGCACAUAA